AUGGCCAACAAGCCCAGCGUCAUGUUUGUUUGCGUCCACAACGCCGGCCGCUCACAAAUGGCUGCCGGCUAUCUUACUCACCUCGCUGGCGAUGCCGUUGAAGUCCGCUCGGCCGGUUCAGCGCCAGCCAACACCGUCAAUCCUGCUGUUCUAGAAGCCAUGCGCGAAGAAGGUAUCGACCUUGCGGACCAGAAACCAAAGAUUCUCACCGCUGAGGCUGUCCAAGCUAGCGAUGUUGUUAUCACCAUGGGCUGUGGCGAUGUAUGCCCCUAUUUCCCUGGCAAGCGCUAUCUCGACUGGAAACUCGACGAUCCUGCUGGGCAAGGCAUUGAUGCCGUACGACCCAUACGCAAUGAAAUCCGUUGCCGCAUCGAAAAGCUCAUUGCUGAGAUCUUGCCUUCUGAAUGA